AUGCAAACCAAAGAUAAAGUUAAUAUGCUAUUAAAUCCGGGUGCUUUUCUUUGGAUCCCUUAUCCUUCAAUGUUGUGGAGACCAAUGCAUAUAAUUGGUAUUACGAAAAGUGGUUCAUCGGUCAAUAUAAAAUGGUUGGACAAUAAUUCCGAAGAAAUAAUGGAUUUGAAUUCACUCAGUUGUAAAAUUGAGGAAAUUUUUGAAUGCAGUUUUAAAAGUAUACCCCAAAUAGAUUUAUCAUGUAUGGACAUUAUUAACGAACCCGAGGGACUCUUAUUAGUCGUUUUAAACCCUUAUAAGGAUCUACCGAUAUAUAGUGCCGAUUUUAUGAGUGCCUACAACCAGAACAGCAUCGACUCGGAGAUAAAACGUGAUCCGCAUAUUUUUGCUAUCGCCGAUGAAGCAUUAAGUCGAAUGAAAAUAUUGCAUCAAAACCAGUCUAUCAUCAUAUCGGGCGAAUCUGGAGCAGGAAAAACAGUUUCAACCGGUCAUGUGUUAAUGUACUUGACUGUCAUGACAUCACAAAGGUGCUGUGCUCCGUGUAAGAACGGAGCCUCAAUACAGAAGCGCGUGCUAGCCAGUUCUCCUCUGUUAGAGGGCCUAGGCAAUGCAAAGACGUUACGGAAUGAUAAUAGCAGCCGAUUUGGGAAAUUCAUCGAACUCCAUUUCUGUCAGUUAUCGAACAAGCUGAUUCGAGCGAAUAUUAAAACUUUUCUCCUUGAGAAAUCCCGCGUUGUACUCCGGAAUGAGCGGGAGAGGAAUUAUCAUAUAUUUUAUCAAAUUUUAACUGCUGCAAACGACCCCACAUUCAAGAAAACCUUCCCCAUUUUACAUAAUUUGCAUUUGAGCAACUUCAGCACUUUUAAUUACUCAAAUUUACAAGAUUCUGGAAGGAAUGAUUUGCUCGGUUUUGAAACAACUAUGAAAGCAAUGCUCAAUUUAGAAUUUGACAAAGCGGAAAUCGAUAGCGUAUUAACUCUUCUAGCGGCAAUUCUUCAUCUGGGUAACGUGACAUUUACCGAAACUGCUCAAGAUGGCUCUCAGAUUGAUACUGCGAGUGCGAAUUCACUUUCAUACGCUUUACGGGCACUCAAUUGCGAAAAUGCCGCAGAAGUUGAACAAGAUAUCACGUCAAAAUUAUGUCAUCGGAUUAUCCGUACGCCGGAAGGUGAUAUGAUGAAAUCUUUAAGCGUCCAAGAAGCUGUUUGUGCCAGGGAUAGUCUUGCCAAACUUAUCUAUCAACAACUAUUCAAUUGGAUUGUUAUAAAGUGCAAUGAAGCAUUGAUUGAUCGUUCAGAGCUACAAUCGAAAGAGAACUCUAUUGGAAUAUUAGAUAUCUAUGGCUUUGAGGUGAUGGAGGAAAAUAGCUUUGAACAAUUCUGCAUAAACUUUGCCAAUGAGAAAUUGCAGCAAAGAUUCAAUGUGUUUCAACUUGAACAGGAAGAAUAUAUGUCUGAGGGUCUUGACUGGACCUUUGUAGAUUACUAUGACAAUGAACCUUGCAUAGAGCUAUUUGAAGGUCCCAUGGGUUUAAUCACUCUGCUUAAUGAUGAAAGCAAGCUGCCGAAGCCACAGGACAACAAUUGGUUAGCACGGAUUUGCAAUGAGCAUUCGGGCAAAAGUCGUGAUUUCGGUCAGUCAAAAUUUUGGGCUAAAAAGCGAUUUAUCGUUCAACAUUUCUCCGAAGCAGUUGAAUACACUGUGGAAGGGUUUGUAGAAAAGAACCUCGAUCGUAUCAUUCCCGAGCAUGUCAAUAUUUUGGCAUACAGUGAAAAUCAAAUUUUGAAGCAAAUGAUGAAGGAUUUUAAAGGCUCAAAUAACGGAGCUGGGGAACAUCAGAGCAUUUUCACCAAGCCAACUGUGAUUACUCAGUUUUCGGAAUCGCUGAAAGCCCUGAUGGAAAUCCUCAACUCCACGACGUGUCAUUAUGUCCGCUGCAUUAAACCAAAUGAUGAAAAAGCUCCUUUCACAUUUUGUCCGGAGCGUGUAAUGCAACAACUUAGGGCUUGCGGAGUUCUUCAGACUGUCAAAAUCAGCGCUGCUGGCUAUCCAUCGAGAUGCUCCUAUGAGGAUUUUUUAAGUCGCUAUUGGCAGCUCACCCCAAAAGGCGUUUCUCGAAGGGACGAUCCCAUGAAACAAUCGGAGCUUAUCAUUAAGCAUACUCUAGAGGCAAGUGAAACGCUCACCUUAACACUUAUAUUUACCUGUUCGGUUACGAAUUCACCAAAUUCUUUCCAAAAGAAGUCAAGUCUAUACAAUCGCACACUUGGUCGUCUUCGUACACAAAAGUCGGCAAAAGCAAAUAAAGCGAAUUCUCAGAUGGAAAAAAUGAAGAGAGAAUUGGAAAUUCUUCAAAAUAAACUAGAUGCUCGAGAUGGGGAAAUCGCUGCAAUGAAAUCCAAAAUGAAUCAGGAGAACGCAAAAAGAAGCAAGAAAAGGAGGCAGAAUAAAAGAAGAUUCACCGGCUAUCAUAAUGGAGAUACCGAUUCAGAGUAUGAGCAGGUCAACUAUCCCCCCAAAGGCAAAACUCAACCGAUUUUACGCUUAAUCAAACCCAUAUAUGAUCUGAAUGAUGAACCGAACGCUGCAAAUAAUUUAUUUCAAGUAGUGAACACUCCUGCUGAACCACCUGGCUUGGUCUUUGAACUGCAACAAAAAUGCGCCUUACUAGAUGUUGAGAAACAGGAACUCUAUCAACGCCUGGAGAUGUAUCAAUCGAACUUUGCUUUGGCUAAGACUCGGCAAAUGGAAACUGAAAAAUCUCUUCAGCAACUGGAGAAAUUAAUAGAAAAACAAAGCAGUAGAUCGGACUGUUGUUCAUCUGAGGUCCAGACAGACGGAACUGACGUUACAAAUUUGGAAGCCAUACUGGAAGUCCAACGCGAGUCUAAUAGAAGGCUGCAAAAGGAAAUAGAACUUCUACAUUUUGAAAAUUCACAAUUGCAAAUGUCAGUGGCUAAACAAUCGACUGAACUGCAAACACUGAAAGAGUCGAAGGAAGGAGCAGUGAAAGAUCGACUCGAGACAAAUGUUUCUCGUAUAGUCAAGGAGAAUUUGCAACUACGAGAUCAGCUCUCCACAACGAAUGCACUCAAUAGACGUUUAGUCUCCGCCACAAAAUACUUUGCUGAAUUGGUUCACAGACAAGCUCCCGAAUGUCUACAGUUGUCCGAAUCACCAUAUUUCUUCGAUGUUCGACAGUUGAUCGCUAUUGCACAGAGCCGAGUUGACAGAAACGGAUUGCAUGACUUUAAGUCGAAAUCNGUGUUACCUCCGCAUUUGAUCACAGGAGCAAUACUAGAGUACGAGCCAAUCCCGAAUUUGUCCUGUCAAGCUCUAACAGUAUCGACAGCUGGUGGUCUCCGACCUCGUAAUACCUGGCUUCGACGAAAACCCCACUUCCAUCGGUUCAUGAACACUCUUGAUAAAAUUUACAAAACCCUCCAAGAUAUUAUAUCGGAGAUAAUUACUUGGAUGCAGAUUCUUCGGUUGCUUUCUCGAUGUAGUGUGAUCAUUGGCAUAGAGGAGAGAGUACAGCCGGAAUUUCUGGCUGCUGUGAGCCGUAGGUUACGCGAUGAGAGACCACAAAAGACCUUCAAAACGAUCUGUUGCGGACUAGAAGUAUCACAACGGACAAUCCUCUUGGAUUCCGAUUACUGGACAUCAGUUAGUGAAGAGCUACCGUUUCCACCAUCACCAACUGCGUUAUCAGAGCUUCAAAUACCGGAGGAAUUAGAUGGUUUAAAUGAAUUUAUUGUCGCAAUAGAUAUGUGA